UAACGCAUCCGACUAGUUUACAUUCGUGAAGACCGAUUGGCAACAUGUCGGUGUUAGCCGAAAGCUUAACACCGACCAAUCAUCUUUAAGGUGAUUAAUAACAAUUGCAUAAAUGACAUCAGACAAUGACACGUUUCAAAAUUCAAAGGAUGAAAUUUUUUAUAUUUUUGUCGAUCUUUCUACUCGGGCAAAUCGCGGUGUGCAGUGGAAGCUUUCGAGAAAGAAAUGUCAAGCGUGAAUCCUCCGUAGUGAGAAAUGUCAUAAACGAUGAGGUUUUAUCUUCGUCUAUAAGAAAAAAGCAGCAUAAUGAGGUAUCAUCAUCUUCGUCAUUACCAUCAUCUUCUUCGUCACUGACGAAAGACAUCGAUGACGGGAAAAUGGGCGGGAAUGAAAAGCCGCCGACCAACAUAACCUACAAACCGCUUGUUGAAGAUUCGAAUGGAACUAUACAAACGACGACAUUAAUGCCAAAAGAGCACACAGCAGAAGGUCAUUUAACGUCCUUGAAUUCUGGAGCUCUCCUACGUGGCUUUUGCGUCUUCAUAGGAUUGAGCAUUUUGGUCAUGGCCUAUAUCAUGUUCCGUAGCUUUAGGUUCAGUAAAACACGUGCACAGAUGAUUCGAAAGUACGGUAUUCUUGCUCAUAGGCAAGAUGUUGAAAUGCGACCAUUACCAUUAGAAGAAGAAGAUGACGAAGAUACUACUGUUUUUGAUGCCAGCAAUGUUUUAACUAAUAAUGCUCAACAUCAAAACUUGUGAAAAUGUUUCUGUUAGAAACGUGUCAUUUUCUGCGCUUUUAUGUAUGGUAUAUUAACAAUACGCCUCUUCGAUAGUUUUUUAAAUCGAACUAUUUUUUUUUUUUUUUAUUAAUGGCAAUUGUACAAAACAAGAGAAACAAAAUACUUCAUAAUUGUCUCUUUAUUUAACACCAUUGUCAUAUUGCUAUCAAGAACAUAAUAUAUUUGUGCGUAUUGGCUUUUCAAUUAUUUUGCUAUAUUGCAUUAAAUGUAUCAUUGUCGACAAAAUGUUUUUGUCUUUCCAAUGCAAAUAUAUAUAUAAUAUAUAUAUAUUAUCAAAUUUGUGGCACCCACUGUUCGUGUAUUAAUAAAAAAUAUCGGGUUGCCUAAUCUACUACUACACAAAGUAAACUAUGUUGUUAUAAUUAAAAUUAAACAAAUACAGAUUGUCUCUAUUUUAUUUAAUGCUAAACAUUUAAUAAAAAUUAUCUAUAAAAUUUAUAUAUAUAUAUAUAUCUAAAUUUCAUAAAAACCCAUUUUCUACGGCAUGAACAAUUACAUCCGCUAAACGUAAUCUUUUCCACUGUGAUUCUAAAUUUCCUAAUGACCAGACGUCAUCUAUAUUCACUUUUUCAUCUCCUUUUAUUAAUGUGUCUAAGUCAAAUGCUUGUGAGUUAUCUAACAUAGUAAAUGGUAAAGCUUCGAUUGCAAAAACUAUUCCAUAGAAAAAUUGUUCUUUCACCUGAAAUGAAAUUAUAUAUAAUAUAUUUGUUAUAUUUCCACAAAAAAUAUUAUGUGAUCAAUAAUAACAUACUUCUUUCAUAAAUGUCUCCCAUGGAUACAAUUUUUCUGAAUCUGAGCCAAGUGAAGUAAUUGUACUACUUAAUUUAUUGUGAUAAAUUUUCAACAUUUCGUUAAAUCGUUCUCUGAGAGCUUUGUCUGUACAAGAAUAAAUAAAGAAUGAUAAAUCUGUAAUUGGGCUAACGCAACGUGCCAAUUGAAAAUCAAGCAAGAGUGCUUCUUUUUUAUUUCCAUUGACAUCACGCACUAAAACAUUUGGUGCCCAAGAAUCUCCUUGAUUUACAACAGAUGUUGGGGCAUCACUACAAUCACAUAAUUUAUAACACAUUUCAAUAAGUGAUCCAAUUUUAUAAGAAGUAAAACGCUUUAGUGCUUCACUGUUAGGAUAUUCAGUAGCUAAUGCAUCAAUAGCUAUUCCCACUAAUCGUUUCUAAAAAAUUAAUUAGAAUUUAUGUAUAAAUGAAAUAAAUGAAAUUUUUAUUUAAA